AGCUCACAGACUGCCUGCAAAAACAGCGCCCGGCGUCCGGCGGAUCAAACGGCCCCCCUAAAAACCCAACCGAAAGGGAGAGGAAAAAAAAAAAGAGAAGGAGCGCCAUGGAUUCGCACGUAGGCAAGUUCUUCGAUUCGGUGGGCUCGAUCUUCCGCGGCGGCGACACCCUCCCCUGGUGCGACCGCGACAUCAUCGCCGGCUGCGAGAAUGAGGUUGCAGAGGCUGCGAAUGAAGAACAGAAGAACGAGAGUCUCAUGAGGCUUUCGUGGGCACUUGUUCACUCCAGACAGCCUGAGGAUGUGAACCGUGGCAUUGGAAUGCUUCAAGCUUCUUUGGACAGGUCUACCAGUCCACUGCAAACAAGGGAGAAGCUCUACUUAUUGGCUGUUGGACACUACAGAACUGGUGAUUACACAAGGAGUCGACAGCUUUUGGAAAGAUGCUUAGAGAUUCAACCUGACUGGAGGCAAGCUCUCACUUUACAAAGGCUUGUUGAGGACAAAACCAGAAGAGAUGGUAUGAUUGGCAUGGCUAUUAUUACUGGAGCCUUUGGACUUGUGGGGCUUGUUGCUGGGGGAAUCAUCGCUGCUGCUUCAUCAUCGUCAUCUUCAUCUUCUUCCAGGAAGAAAUGAGGAACCCACGUGAAGUGAAUAAAGAUGUCAAGAUGGGCAGGAAACUGAUGUAAAGAUGCGCAUCUUGCUUUCAUACUUCUUGCAACCGUAUGUAUACUCACAUCUCCGUUUUUCAGUCCUGUUUGGAUGCGAGACAAACCGUGCCAUGAGUUCAUACUAGAGACAUCUCUAUAUAUUAACAUAAUGGAAGAUGAGGAGGAUUCUGUGAUUGA